AUGUCUGAGCCGGCCUUACAGUUCCACUGCAGCCCUGGAGACUCGAUGGGAAACUAUGUGUGGCCGAGGCGCCUUGAUGCUUUCCUCAAUGCGCAAGGCUACUUUCGGCUGGCGUUCGACGGCAGCGCGCUAGAACGCCUUCCAAUGGAUGCUGUCAUCGCAUACCUUAGCGAGGGCAUGGCUGCCCCGCACGACCUGCGAAUGUUUCUGCCAAUGACCUUCGUGCAGCCCUCUGGCGAGUCAAGGUUAUUGCGUUCCAUUUUCGGCUUUACGGCCCCAGACCUGAAUGAUACCACCUUUCGAACGGCCUUCAAGGAUUUUGUACAGAAUGAGCUGUACUCUUCCUUGCAGAAGGCCGUGAUCGACACGCGAAAGCCAGUGGAUCCUGCGAGCUGGGAUGAGCCGCCGGCAAUCCAGAUCUAUUUCCGUGGGGACGUACUUGAUGAGCAUGAGCUCCUGGAAGCACUCCAUAGUGACAUGUUGCUCGCGAUCGGGCCGUUACUUCUCAGCCUGGGAGUGGCCUGGGUGAAGCUGCGCAGUGCUUUGCUUGCCAUAGUUGGCACAACGCUGAUGUGUCUGGCCUCUCUGCUUGCGUAUCUUCUCCUUCCAGUCCAGCAGGUGAGCCCUGCCACCUUUCUUGGUGUUUUUCUUCUCUUCGGCCUGGGCUUCACCAGCAUCUUCCGCAUGCAAGAGGUGUGGAGACGGUCCCGAAAUGAGGCGGAGGACUACUCCGAUCGCCUCCUCUAUGUACACCGUGCUGCGGUUCGAGAGAUGCUGCCUGUGGUUGGGUCUGCCUGCUGUUACUUCCUGCUGCAGAAUUCCAAGCUGGUCCCCCUUCGUGAGUUCGGUUUUUUCAUCGGCGUCUCCAUGUUAUUGGUAUGCGCGUUUGCCCUUCUAUGCUUUGUGCCUUUCCUGCUCAUGCAUGAGCGCACCUUCCGGCCUUGGAUUCGGCGAAAGUUUCCUGGAAAGCUUGUCCUGGCGCUCGAGCCUGCUGAAUUGAAGCCAGAUUGGGAUGAAGUAGCUGCAAAAGUGAUGCUGGCAGUGAAGCGUCCAAAGCCUCUCCUGGCAGGGGCCGGCUUUGCAGUUGCAGUGGCGCUCAUUGCCGCCAUAGCAGUGACAGCGUCACAGCCGUACCCGGCCCUGCCGGAGGUUUUCCCGCCAGAGCACCAUCGUGAAGCCGGGCGACCCAUGCAUCAUAGCUUUGCGCCGUCUGCGCUGGCAGAGGAGCAAGCCCCGCUCACUAUCCAGAUGUGUGAGCCGGGACGCGGGUUGUCAUCGUGUGCGCUACACUGGUGUGAUCUAGCCAGCACACCAAACAAUAAUCUGUCCUCGUGGCCUACGUCUCAAGCUGCCACUUGCAUGUGCUACACGCAGACAUCUUCGGCAGCCUCGUGCUCAUCUGUCAGCUUGUCGCUCAUUGUGAGCGGACCUCGACCGGCAUCCUUGACACAGGAUGUGCUCCACGCGAAGGCGCUGGAAUUCGCUUCAGCUGAGUACAGCGGUGCUGCUUCGGUGGGUAUGACUACCACGACCAGCCGCCGUUUGCAGUCAGUGGUCUUGGAGGAUUGGCCGUCGGGCAUGACACAAGUUGAUGCCCUCACGCAGCUGCCCCCAAUCAAUGUGACCUUCACGACUCCCAGGCGCUCGUCCAGCUCCUGCGAAGACUUGGUCUACUGCUACUGCAGCCCAAAGUCGUGCACUCCACCAUCAGGAGACUUGUUUCCCGUUGGCUGUUCAGCAUAG